AGAAAAGUGUUGUAAUCGUUCUGGCCUCGCUGUUUCUGUCUUUGACCGAACUGAAUCCAAAGAAGAGGAAGAAACCUUAGCAGCUUUCGGCGCUCUUUUAUCUUUAAUCUCUAUGUUUCCUUCCCUUCUUCUUCAUCUUCUUCGCUUCACCUUUUUUUCAUAUCAUAUUCAUCCCUGUCUCUCUAUGACACACUAGUACUUCUUCUUUUCUGUACCCAUUAUUACCCACACACCCCAACUACUAAUACUAUAUUAUAAUCCACUAUUUUAUUAUUAUCACUACUAUUAUUGUUUUUAUUACCUUAAACUAAACAAAAACUACUUUUUCUUUAUUGUUCUUCUCAUUUUUUGUUUUUAUAUACUAGAGUCAUGUAUCUUCUGGUUUCUACACUAUGUGCAAUGAACAAACCAACUGAAGUUGUUGCCUUUUAGCUUCAAUCUCUCAACUCCACCAACGCAUCAUCCAAAUCUACCGCCAUAUCUCAGCCUGCACUUUCACAACUCUGCCAAAGAGAAAAAGGAAAAAGUAAAAGUGAAACAAAGAGAAACCCUUUACUUGUUUUCAGGUGAAAUCAAGCCGGUUAAUGCACGUACCAUUAGAGACGGACAUUGAAACUCAGUGAUUUCUGGUGGAGCUUGACUAGUCGUCUUCUAUGCUGUCUUGUGUAACAGAAAAUAUGGGCUUACUCUGUAGCAGAAACCGGCGUUAUAAUGAUGCUGAUGCUGAAGAAAACGCACAGACUGCAGAGAUUGAAAGAAGAAUAGAAUUGGAAACAAAGGCUGAAAAGCACAUUCAGAAACUUCUACUACUUGGAGCUGGAGAGUCAGGGAAGUCCACAAUAUUUAAGCAGAUAAAACUUUUGUUUCAAACUGGCUUUGACGAGGCAGAACUAAAAAGCUACUUACCAGUCAUCCAUGCUAAUGUGUAUCAGACAAUAAAAUUAUUGCAUGAUGGAUCAAAGGAGUUUUCCCAGAAUGAUGCUGAUUUUUCCAAGUAUGUUUUAUCCGAUGAAAAUAAGGAAAUUGGGGAAAAGUUAUCAGAUAUUGGAGGAAGGCUGGAUUACCCAUAUCUCACCAAGGAACUUGCACAGGAAAUUGAAAAUCUGUGGAAGGAUCCUGCAAUUCAGGAAACAUAUGCCCGUGGUAGUGAACUUCAAAUUCCAGAUUGUACUGAUUAUUUCAUGGAAAAUUUGCAAAGGUUGUCUGAUGCAAAUUAUGUUCCAACAAAGGAGGAUGUUUUGUAUGCUAGAGUGCGUACCACUGGGGUUGUAGAGAUCCAGUUCAGCCCUGUUGGGGAAAAUAAGAAAAGCGGUGAAGUCUAUAGACUCUUUGAUGUUGGUGGCCAGAGAAAUGAGAGGAGAAAGUGGAUCCAUUUGUUUGAAGGAGUUUCAGCUGUAAUAUUCUGUGCUGCAAUUAGCGAGUAUGAUCAAACACUUUUUGAGGACGAAAACAGAAACAGAAUGAUGGAGACUAAGGAACUUUUUGAGUGGGUCCUGAAGCAACCAUGUUUUGAGAAAACAUCCUUCAUGUUAUUCUUAAACAAGUUUGACAUAUUUGAGAAGAAGAUCUUGAAAGUCCCACUGAGUGUAUGUGAAUGGUUCAAAGAUUACCAACCUGUCUCAACAGGGAAACAAGAGAUUGAGCAUGCAUACGAGUUUGUAAAGAAAAAAUUUGAGGAAUCAUAUUUCCAGAACACUGCUCCUGAUCGUGUAGAUCGUGUGUUCAAGAUCUACCGGACCACUGCCCUUGAUCAGAAGGUUGUGAAGAAGACUUUCAAGCUUGUUGAUGAGACUUUGAGGCGGAGAAAUCUCUUUGAGGCUGGCUUGUUAUGAACAGUGAACCAUAUAUGUCACCAAAAGGGAUAACAAACACAAUAUUUUAACAUUGAAGAGUUGAUCAGAUUUUGGGUAUACUAGGGGUCAGGUAUACUAAAUAUUAAAAUCGAUUUGUUGAUUUGUAUUUUCAAGUUAAUCUUGUUGAAUGAAUGAAUGAAUGAGUGAGUGAGUGGAGAAAAGGAGCCUUGUAGUUGAUUUCCACAUCCUUCUUCACAAAAUUUGUUACUCAAGUUUCAAGAUUUGAUGAUACCAUGAUUUGUGAUCAUGUUUUUACAGAUUGAAAGAUAUAUUUCAUAUUUCUGUCAGGGAUCAUACUUUGCA